CAGAGCAUUUGAAGAUCCCCAAUCCACUGCGAAAUUUGAGGAUGUAUAGUCAAAACCAGUGUCAGUGCUGGGCAGACAGACUGCCUGUCUGUAGGCAUAGCUGGAGAAGACACCUUGGUGGAUUUGGCUACGAUUCGUGUGGGCAGCAGCAGGACGAAGAGGACGGCAAUGUUGCAUGGACACAUGAACGACCAACUGUGUGUUAUUAUGCAGGUGAUGGUGACCUCACCCAUGAGUACAUUGAGAUCGAGACAGAUGCCUGCCUGACUGUUGCUGGACAAGAUUUUGGGGAGCCCCACACUGGACAGGAGCUGGACGACCAUGGUGUCUGGGUGCAACCGUCCCACCAAAGUGAUGAUUGCAGGGAAGAUGUUCCUGGAGCGUCUCACCUCCCAACAAGUCAAAGAACGAAUGAAGCGUCAGAUCAGAUUGAUGACUGCUUGUGCUCAUGCAGGACAGUACAUUCAAGAUGGAGCAGUGGAGCAACCAAUCAGUGUCUGUGUCUGCCUCCGCCAUGUUUCAAUGUGAGGAAGACGCUGGUGGUGGGAGUUGAGGUGGAUGUUCUAGAAGAGCUGGUUUAUGAGGAUACAGAAAUCCUGCACACGCAGACAGUGUUUGAUGGAGGCCUGGAGAACGAUCUGAUGGACUCCACCUCUUGUGUUUGCAACCAGUUGUUUCCUAAGUGACUGUAAAAAAAAUAUGCAAAAAAAUAUGCAAAUUAUCAUUAUUAUUUUGCAGUUUGCAGAUGUUUACUUCAGUUACUAGAUGACUAACUGCAAGUCCUGUAGAAAGGGUGCUCUAGUUAGUAUAAUGAUGUCAUUACUAUUAUUAAUAGUUUGUCUGAUUACAACCACUACGAUAAUGUUCAUUUCUGCUAGCCAGUGUGCAAAACACCUCUUUAGUAUUCAAGGGCUGGCUGGCUACUCCAGUGCUGGCUAACCGCUAACUUACUCACCUUAGUGGCAAUAGUGCUAGCUUCAGUAGCACCGAAAUGUUUGGUUCCACAGUUCUUCUAUUGGAAAAGCUCUGUUCUGGUUUAGUGAUGCAGUUGCCACACAUUAGCCAAGAUCUUACUUAUCUUCUUUAGUGUCUUUGGUCUGAGAAAUGAGUAACAAUUCACUCUUUCCACCAUCUCCUGCAAAAUUGGUUUUCAGAUACACAAAUAUGAUGUCUCAUUGUAAAGCUUCUCACAGGUAUUCUGUGCAUAGUUACAGUUGCUAGGCUAUGAAGGAGCAACAGGGUAAACUGAUUUGCUACAGCUUAAAUAAACUAAGUUAAUAUAAUACAAUCUGCUGAUGUGGACCCAGGCCUGGUUCUGAGAAAGAAACAUGAUGUAAAAAAUACAUUAUAUCACACUGAGUGCUUGAUCACUUGGAACACUAUACAGAGUUUACAACUAGUUUUAUGAUAGUUU